AUGCAAUGGUAUCUCCUCCUGAUUUGGGCCCAGGGUCUGGGGCAGGCUCCCCUCCCUACCUCAGCUGUCUCAGGCAGGAUAAUGACAAUGGGGAACAUUUCUGCUAAGGAAGGUGGCUCUGUCACCUUGCAAUGUCACCUCUCCUCCACCACUGCCAAUGUGACUCAGGUCAACUGGGAGAAGCAGGACCAACUUCUGGCUGUUCAUCACACUGACUUGGGGUGGCACAUCUAUCCGGCCUUCAGAGAGCGAGUGGCCCCAGGCCCCAACCUGGGCCUUACCCUGCAGUCGCUGACCAGGAAUGACACGGGGGAGUACCUCUGUACCUAUCACACCUACCCUGAUGGGAUUUACAGAGGGACAUUCUUUCUGGAGGUCCUGCAAAGCUCAGUGGCUGAGCGCAGGGCUGCGUUCCAGAUCCCACUGCUGGGAGCCAUGGCCUCAGUGCUGGCCGUCAUCUGUGUGGCAGUCAUCCUGGGGGGCCUCUGGACCAGAAAGAAGAAAUGUCGCAGAGUCCACUGUGGGGAAAGUGGCCUCAGGACGAUGACGUAUGAACAGGAAGAACAGAGUCCCUGCAUCCUGUCAUCCACUGGAAGGGCCAUCCAGGUAGAGAUGGUGCCCGUGGGCCUCUACACGGAGCAGAGGGCAGACGACUAUGCCGAGCCACACGACUACUUCAACGUCCUGAGCUACAGGAGCCUUGGAAGCUUCAGCUUCAUGGCCGAGACUGGUUAG